AUGACGAUCUGUACUUAUAACGCCCUGACGCUUGCAUCGGAUGCAGCCAUUGAAGAUCUGAUGAUGAAAGCCAGGAAGACUAAGUAUUACGUCAUCGGACUGGCCCAACGCCACCCUCUCAAUGCCGUAUAUGAGAGUGGAGAAGAACUGUUCUUAGGAAGGAAACAUAAGGAACAUGCGACGGUAGAGGAGUUGGUGGACUCGUCAACACGAGUAUAG